UGUGAAGCAUCCCUCAUAUGAGGAUGGACUGAGAGAGGUGGUGGAAGAAAUUCUUUGCAAUUGAGCUCUCCUGUCACUCCAGUGAAGUGAAGCAUGAAUUCAAAACAGCCAUAGGAACAGUUGCUUGAAGAAUAUCAGAGAGGAAGGGGCUGAUACCCAGGAUCUCUACACUGAUGGGCAGGCAACUCAGCAGCGCCAGUUCCAAGCCUCCUCGGCAGUCUCAGCCUGCAACCCCAUCAAGCAGCUGGAGAACGACGGUAUAAUCAUCCUUUUGAAGAUGAUUUACUUAUUUCCAUGGAAACUCUGACUUACGAUACACCUGAUGGACAAAAACACUGGGAACACAUAUCAGCCAAGAAGAUAAAAACCUGGAAGCAGGAAUUAUUUAAGAGGAAUAGAAGAAGUCAAAGGAAUGCAGAAACGUCAAAGCAACAGGCCAGUGAUUUUGAAGAUGAACAUCCAACAGUAUGUCAGGAAUCUCCUGAGAACUCCCAUGUGGAUGCAUCUGACAUAGGUGGAGAAAGUGAUGCUGAGAUAGUUUCAGUAAGAAGAAAAUUUGAAGACAUUCACUUCCAGAAUUCGGAUGUAGAUGAUGAGAAAAAGCAAGAGAAAGUAAAAGUUCAAGUGGAUGUGAUAGUACAAGAUAAUGCUAGAAAUAUUCCCCAAUGGAUUACGGUAGCACCUCAAGGCUCAUUGAAAGCGCUUCCUUCAGCUUCACCAGGGCGAGAACUGAUCGGCAACCAAGCUGCUGUUUACAGAAAUAAAGGAGAGUUUUCGAAUGAAUGUUCUUCCAGAUCUCUAUGGUUACAGUUUUCUAGUGUUCCCAUUUCAACAAAUACCGUAAUCAUAUCCAGGGAUCCACCUUCUCCAGAGCUGAAUAAAAGUUGCUGGGAUAGUGUAUUAGAAGAGUAUCAGUCUGCAGAUGAGGCCUGCUCCUGGAGCAGUCUAACUCUUGCUGACUUGUAUCCGGCGAUGGUAAAGAUACUUACAAGGCUUAUGACAAAGCAGUCUCGGAGAAAAGAGUUAAGAUAUAUGUUUAGAUGCUUCAGGCACAAAAGAUGGCAUUCUAGAAGACUGAAGCUCAAUGUCACUUUAGACAAAAUAAGAGAGUUCAAGUCUCUUAAUCUGAAGCAAGCACAAUCCAGCAUAUGCAGCGAUAACAUUGAAGACAUACAGAAUCGAAUGUCUGGAAAUGAGAACGGAGAACUCUGUGAUGUCAAGUGUUCCAAUAACAAUUUCUCAGGUCUGGUACCUUAUUCUCACAUUGACACAAAAGCAAUUAAAGAAGACUACUCUGAAACAAGUUUAGAACACCAUUUGGUGUCUGUAGAAGGGCAGAAAGUUUCCAAACAGACCCAUUUUCCUAAUGUUAUGGCUAGAAUGGGAGAGACCUUUCUAGUUGAAGAUGCCUUACAGACUACCGUCACACUGAAGAGUUCAAAAUGCAAAGGUGAAAAAUUAGCAUGCAAAUGUUCCUCUGAACAUCGUUUUAUAACAACUACAGCCAGUUCAGGGUCAACGGCAUUUCAGCUGGUGAAAGCAAGUAAAACUCAAAAAACUGACUUUCCUGAUGGUAAUACUUUAGGGCUGCGUUCAUCCACUUACAGUUCCUAUGGCAACAGUAACACUUUUACACCAGUCACAAACUGUUCCCUUGUAAGAGCAUCAAAUACAUUGCUAAUAAAUCCUGAAAACCUAACUUCUGGAAGACUAACUUCUUUCCAGCACAAGCAGUCGUUUACCUCACUGUCUACAGUGCCGAGUACUUCAAAUGUGCCUCAGAAAUACGAAGAUGCGUUUGAGAAACUGUACUACAAACUGUGUUCCACAGCAAUCCAAAAGCCUUGGCCAUCGACAAGACCUCGUUCAAAUUCACAAAACCUUGAAGAGAGAGGCAGAUUAGUAAAGAGUAAAUUAAGGAAUUCUGUGAGCUUUGAUACGCACUGUGACAGAGAAUUUGACAGGAUCUAUGAGCAGUCAUGUAAGAAGGCUGUUCCAAAACUUCCUGGCUUUCAGAGCGCUUCAAAUGUAAGGAAAUACGAGGGAAUGCAGAUGUCUGAAACUGUAAAUGCUCUUGUAUACUCACCUGUCCGAACUUUACUUGCAAUUCCCAGUGUUAAAAGGAUAGGAAGUUUUCAAAAUGAUAUUAUUUGUUCACCAGGAAAGCGACUGAAAAAUAUGCCAGAACAUUAUUCUCCUUCAGCAAAACAUCAAGUUUAUCACAGAAAAAACAUCACUUUUCCCACAGCUGGCAUGGAUUCUUUGAACACAUACAGUGGUGGUAGCUCCAGCUUUUUUGACAGUCACAGCUUUCAGAGUCAGGACUCUGGCUUUCAUGACUCUUCAGAUAAAAUCUCUCUUAGUAUUCCUGGAACUUCCCUGCAAGGUUACUGCUUUUCAUCACCAGAAUCUGGGAUUGCAAAUGUCCACUCUGGCUGGCCUGGGGCAAUGAAGAAUUGCAGCUAUCCCAGAAAUGCAUCAAAGCAUCACGAAAGGGUGUACAGAAAACUAAGCUACACUGAUGGGAAAGACCAAAAUCCUAGCAGUUCCUUGGGCAACUUCAUGGUCAAAACUCAUCAAGGAGCAUUCAUGGACUGCUACAAAGAAAACGUGUUAUAAACCUUGCAUUUGUUUUGGUUCUCUUUCUUCUUCCAAGAAUAACGGCUGUGUUAUAUAUGUUUAAUUCCAAUCUAUUUCCCUGUAAUAAGAUCUUCAGGAACCGGAUUGUCCGUUCUGACGGGGCGCUGCUUACUCCUUUGGCUUCAUCAGGAAUUGCAAGAGAAUCAGGGCUCUUUUCCGUAGCUAAGUUUAAAUUACGUUUUUACUAGUGUUUAUAAUAACAGAUUAUAAUCAGUAUUUUAUCUGCUAAUAAGCUUUGAUUCUUAACAUACUGGUAACCAGCUCUUUCUGCCAAAUUCCUGCCUAUUUGUGCUUUAUGGGUGCAUCAGUACUAAAUAACUUCUAAACUGGGCUUGGAUGAUCCAAAUGCAGUAUUAUACUCUGUGAUUUAUAAUGUGCCUGGUAUGUAAUUUUAGUGUUACGAUUUCAAAGUAACUCCUCUGAUUUGAUUGUUAAAUAUAAUUUAAUCUUUUUCAGUGGAUUUGAUAGUUACUUGGUGUUGUGACAAAACUGUAUCUGACACAAAUGACAUUUUCUAAAUAAAAACCUACUCUGAACAAA